AUGACAGCUCUGAACUCAUCUAGCUUUCUAACUAAUGCCUUCUUCUUUUCCAGCUCCUACGGCGAGCUCAUCAACUGCACCUCACUGAUAGCCGAGAAACUGGCUUGCUAUUGGCCGAACCAGCUGGUGGACGAGUUCUUCAUAGCCAUUCACAAGCACUAUUUCAAAAAUUGCUCCAUCUCUGGGAGGUCUCUACGCGACCCACCGAACAACAUCCUAUACCCGUUCCUUGUGGUCCCCAUCCUCAUCACCCUGCUCAUGACGGCGCUGGUGGUGUGGCGGAGCAAGCGGAGCGAGGGCAUUGUGUAAGCUAGUGUGCCCCAGGAUUUCACUAAAUCAAUAGAGACCUACCUUCCUGUGGACUAAACCCUCUCUGUCAGACUGGGCGAGCCCUUGUGGAAUCAGCAGCACGUUGGAAGCUUUGUAACCCUAAGGCAAAAUGUGGAGAAAUAACAGUGCACACUUGACGUUUAACACUGUCCUGAGCAGAGAGGGGUGCUGUACCUAUAUACAUUUCCUCUGGAUAACAACCCUUUAUUCAGGCAGAGAUGACAUGCUUUGGACUAAUGCCACUUCUCAAUAAUUACUCUCAGUAACUGCAGCACUUCUUGCAAACCAAUUACUUCGUCAUUUUAAAAAUCAUUUAUAAAGACAAUUAAUUGAAAAGUAUAUCUAUAGGUCACGAUUAGUGUUUAUACACUUAAUCAGUAAUCAACCACAGGAUGGAUCUGGCAAGGUACCAUUCUGUAGACAUCUAAUUAUUAUAAUUUAUUUCUUGCAACGUUUUGGCUUGAAUGCUUCUGAAGUCUAUCGUUGUUAAUUAA